ACAUUCCUGAGCCUUAUCUGGGGGCCCGCCCAGCUGGACUCUGCCCUCCCACCCAGGAAGCAGCACAGAGGAGCUGCCCAAGAGUUUCGGGGGCUGGGAGCAGGGCCUGAGGUGACGAUUCUCAGCCUCAGCCUGGGGCUGGAGCUGUGGGAUGGGGUGGGGCAGAGGGAUUUUGGGGUCUGCUGAGACUGACAGGGUCCUUAACCUUGGGGAGCGUGGGGUUCACUCAGACUCCAGACUUUGCCAUCUCCUGGGGCCCUCCCAUCUCUGGGAAGGCUCUCCUGUGGGGGUCCUUGUGCACGGGAGGGGGCCUUGCUCUGGGGAAGUUGCCCUAAGUCUGCCCCAAAGUUGUAACAGGAGACAGGGCUGGACAGCAGGUCCUGGGCCCUCCCUCCCUCUGCCCCCACCUCCACAGCGGGAGCCAGAGCCAGUCCUCCAGGAAGGGGUUAACUGCCAGCCCCAGCCAUGAGGGAGGGGACUGGGCUGGACCAUUUUCCUCACUGCUGCCUCCACCUCGGUUUUCCUGAAUGGUUCUGUCGUCCUGGGGUGGGGAGGGAAGGGAAGGAAGAAGGGCGGGCAGAGGGAGGGAGGGAAGGAGGGAGGAGUGUGGGAAGAGGAAGGAAAAAAGAGCGAGACAGCCAGGGGAAGAGAAAGAUGUCACUGCCUAAUCUCCCUGUCAUUUUAUUUCCAGCAGGCACCGGGCGAAGGAGCUGCUAGAACAAUGCUGAAGCGGGCGAGGUGAGGAGCCGCCCGGUGAGGCAGCCCCGACGGAGUGUCUCGAACAGGUGAUCGGAGGAGCUGGAAACCGAGGCCACCUGGGCAUCCUUCCCCUCGCCCCAGCCAGGCCCGGGAGCCCCAAAGGUGGUGGGGAAACCAUGGCGACCAAUUUCAACGACAUCGUCAAGCAAGGCUAUGUGAAGAUGAAGAGCAGGAAGCUCGGGAUCUACCGGAGGUGCUGGCUGGUGUUCCGGAAAUCCUCCAGUAAGGGGCCCCAGCGGCUGGAGAAGUAUCCAGAUGAGAAGUCAGUGUGCCUCCGAGGCUGCCCCAAGGUGACCGAGAUCAGCAACGUCAAGUGUGUCACGCGGCUACCCAAGGAGACAAAGAGGCAGGCAGUGGCCAUCAUAUUCACUGACGACUCGGCACGUACCUUCACCUGCGACUCAGAGCUGGAGGCGGAGGAGUGGUACAAGACACUGUCUGUGGAGUGUCUGGGGCCGCGGCUCAACGACAUCAGUCUAGGAGAGCCAGACCUCCUGGCCCCAGGGGUGCAAUGUGAGCAGACAGAUCGUUUCAACGUCUUCCUGUUGCCCUGCCCCAACCUGGACGUAUACGGCGAGUGCAAGCUGCAGAUCACCCACGAGAACAUCUACCUCUGGGACACACACAAUCCCCGCGUGAAGCUCGUCUCGUGGCCCCUCUGCUCACUGCGCCGCUACGGGCGCGACGCCACUCGCUUCACCUUCGAGGCUGGCCGGAUGUGUGACGCUGGGGAAGGGCUCUACACCUUCCAGACACAGGAAGGGGAGCAGAUUUACCAGCGGGUCCACAGUGCCACCCUGGCCAUCGCUGAGCAGCACAAGCGGGUCCUGCUAGAAAUGGAGAAGAACGUGAGGCUGCUGAACAAGGGCACAGAACACUACUCAUAUCCCUGCACCCCCACGACCAUGCUGCCCCGCAGCGCCUACUGGCACCACAUCACGGGCUCCCAGAACAUCGCCGAGGCCUCCAGCUAUGCGGGUGAGGGGUAUGGGGCAGCCCAGGCCAGCUCAGAAACGGACCUCCUCAACAGAUUCAUCCUGCUAAAGCCAAAGGCCAGCCAAGGGGACAGCAGCGAGGCCAAGACCCCAUCCCAGUGACCGCAGGGCUGGCGUGCACGGGUGACUGCUGGGGCUGUCAGUUGUGGGGCUGACUGCAGCGCAGUGGGCAGCCUCAAGGGGCUGUUAGCCAAGAGCCUGGAGAAAGGGAGCAAGCUGUCCCUUCCUUGCCCCCAAGGGGGAGGCUGGACCAAGGCAAAGGGCUGGCCACGCCACCUGAGCAUGUGUGAGGGGCUGGAGCUACCAUGGGACUGUAUACUGUUCAUGAUUUUAAUAUAUAUGGCUUAUGACAUACUCUAUAUUAAUGAGAUUUCCCCGUCCCUCCCCGCCACAGCAUACACAUUUUCUAAUCCCGUGAGCAGGCCAGUCAAGGCUGUUUCUGGACGGAGGGCAGCCGUUUCCCUGUCCUCCCUGGUACAGCCCUCCUGCUGCCAAGACCUGCUUGAGCUGCCAGGGCCAGAGGAGGGAGACCGCCGCUGACUGCUGGCUUUUCCCACGCAGCCCAGGGGCUGAGACAGCAGGUGGCUUCUCAUCUCCUCUGGGCCUACAGCAGCACAGGAAGGAUCCGAACUUACACUGUGCCACUGGGGUUUGAUGCAGAGGUGAUAGCUUGUUGACACCUCAGGUGAAAAUCUGGUCUUAAAAUGUAGUUUCUGCCCAGGCUCCUUCCUGCUUAGUGGGCUGAGAAGAUACCCGGGGGUGGGGUGGGGUGCUGGUAACCUCAGCCAGGUGGAGGGUGGCGGGGCCAGUCCUGAGCUCUCCUGCCCCAGGGCCAAGCUCGGGGGGAAGGCCACAGCAGGAGGACUGAUGUGGGGAGCACCCCUGCUGCCCCCUCACUGACCAGGGGUGGGCGUGCCCUAGCAGAGGGGGCCCCUCUGCCCUGUGUCUGGCCAGCCUAAAGCACUCAGAAACCGAGCCCUUCCUGUUUCCUCCUCCCCACAUGGUGCUGAGGCUCCCUGCUGAGAUGCAAUUAAAGCAAUUGAUUUUCUAGCGCAGAAGGGCUAUCUUUCUAUUCACGUCAAACCUUCGGUUGCGUGUGUGUGGUUUUUUGUUUUUUUUUAAUACGUUAGGGUUCUGAUUUGUGGGAACAGACCUUGUUGUAAAUAAUCACUAUUCAAGUUGUGGCAAGUUGAGAAUGAUAAAGCAAGAGGCCCCUUCCGACGGAGCCCUGGAGCCAGGGAGGCGGCCCCAGCCAGCUGAGCUCUGAACCUGACCCGGGGACGUCCACCCAGAGGAUAAGCCAGCCUGAGGGGGGCCGGCGGCCUCGCCUGUGGAGAGGGAGGCACAGCUGACUGGUGCAGCUAGGGGCACGAUGACGCAUGAAGGAGAUUAUGUUGUGCUCUUUAUUGCCAAAAAUAAAAACUUUUAAAAAGAC